UCUCUUAUUUAGCAUUGAGUCUUCAUGACAGCAGCAGCUUAGAGGCAAUGUCCACUUGCCAGCACAACUGGCUGGAGUUAUUUUUAAGCUAUUAUGGACAUUUUCUCCUUGAUACACUCCUGUUAAAUCAACAAGAAUGGCUGUUUCACAGGCUUAUAAAAUCCUGUGGGGUACAAGCAUCUUUUUUAUGAUUUUACCUCACUUAAAUCUGGGAUUGUUGUCUGACUACAAGAUCUGUGGAGAUUCUGCAUGUGAAAGCUUCAUGAGCAGAGUGCAGGCCAUCAGGGACCACCAUGGUAAGGACUGCCGUUUCCUGAGCUUUAGACGAGGAGACACAUUCUUUGUUUACCACAAACUCACUGGAAAGAGGGAAGACCUGUGGGCAGGCAGCAUUGACAAACAGUUUGGUUAUUUUCCAAAGGAUGCAGUGCAAGAGGAGCAGGUUUAUGCUACUGUGGAGAAAGUAGUGGAGACACAGAAAUCUGAUUUUUUCUGUAUGGAUGAGUUUGGUUACCCCAUUGACUCCAGUCAUCUGGAUAGUGAUGAUGAUGGUGAUGAUAAUGAUCAGAAAAUCCAAAACCAGGAGUCAGAAACCACCCAAACCACUCUAUACACCGAUGACACAAAUGCUGAAAGUCUACAAACAUCUGAAGAUCCUUCUACAGAAUCUCCAGUUUCAACACAGGCAACUGAGGCCACACUGACAGAAGAGGACGAAAACAAAAAUACUGGUGACGCUGCUGCCAGGACUCACGAGGAAGCACAGGAGACUCCUGCAGCUCCGAACGAACAAGGUGGGUCUGCUCCCUCUUCCUGGCUGGGUUCUUCAGUGACAGGAUGGUUAGGUCUUGCUAAAGAGGAAGAAACUGAAAAUUUGGCUGACGGAGAGAAAGAAGAUGAGGGAAAGGAGAUGCAGGCCGGAGCUUCUGUCGCUUCUUCAGUGACAGGGUGGCUGGGGUUGGGAGGAGAUGGAAAACCUGAUGAUGCUAUAGAAAGCAGAGAAGAAGACGGAGAAAGUGAUGAUUCUAUUACUUCAACCAUGACCGGGUGGCUUGGCUUUGGAGGAGAGAAAAAAACGGAUGAUUCAGUAGAAAAAGAGCAAGGUGAAGAACGAGACAAUGAGGAAGAACCAGCAGAGAAAUUCAGGAGCAGGAGGAUGUCUCUAGAUUUAGAAGGCAGCCAAUUACAUGAAGAGGAGAAGAAAGAGAUGGGGACAUUGGGUUGGCUAGGAAAUGGACUGUCGAGUACGCUGGGGUUUGGCAUUACUGAUCAGGAGUCAGGACGUGAGACAACAGCUGAAAUAGAAGCCAAGGAAGACGAACAGCCAGAGCCUGCUUCUUGGUUGGAUAUGGGGAUUGGGGACAUGUUAGGCUUUGGGAAUGACAAGAGUGAAGUUGACGAGAGCACAGGAAGUGGUUUAAAGGAGACAGAAGAGGACAUAACCUUAGAACAACCAACAAGCUCAGAGAAUAUGGAUACCAGUCAAUCACAACCUGCACUGACAGAGGAGAUAACUACAAAUGAAUUGGAGGUGGAAGAAACUCAGAAUGACCAAGAUGCCCCAUCAGAGAUUAGAGUCAGUGCUGACAGUGAUAAUAAUGAUAUAAGUACUUCAGACAGUAGCAAGGAUAGUGUCUUCCCUGAAGAUGCAGCAUCCAAGAUUGAUCAAAAAGAUAUUACGCCUCAGACCGAGUUAGAGAGAACGCCCAAGGCUGUAGGUGAAAUGUCUUCGAAGCUCAACAACAGUGAGGAAGAAGAGGAAGAUAAUGUUUCAGAUAUUUACAGAAGAGAAGAGAAAAAUGUCCUAGACUUGGAAAGAUCAGAAGAAAUGGAAGGUAAAGAUCAUGAGAUGCCCAAAUCAAUAGAGAAUGAGAGCGAGGAUGAGAACAGAGAGCGAGGGGAACAAGACAUUAAAACUGCAAGUGACACUGAUCAGGGUGUUUUUACACAAUCUGACAUAAAUUUAGGGCCUGAUGUGAGCUUUGUGGAUUUAACUUCAAACUCCAUGGGAGGAUCUGUAGGCGAGGCUGAGGACAAAGCAGAUGACAUUGUUGAGGAAGUUGCCGAAAUCCCAAAUCAGAUCAAUCAGAACACAGAGGAAUCCACAGAUGCAUCUAUAAAAAUUAGUGUAAGUAGUCAUGAAGGUGAAAGGAAUGAUGCACAAACAGAUGUUCUUCACAGAGAAAUUCCCACGACUCAGACUGAUGACUUAGCAGAACAAAGUCAAGUCAGCAGAGGUGGAGAGAGUCAGCCUUUCUUAUCAUCAGGCGCAACUGUGGAGAGAAAUGAACCAGUCUAUAGUGAAGAUGACAGUUUACCUGCUCACAGUGUGGAAACCAGUGUUGAACACUCAGAUUCACUUGCUAUGAUUGAUAGUAAUACAGAUACAGAAACACAGCAGGGUGAGUUAGGACUGGAGGGGGAGCUGCACCCUGUUGAGGACAGCUCUCAGGAGUUUGACUCAUCCAAUUAUACUGAUAGAGGUACUGAAAUGAUGAAUGAAAAUGCCUCAGAGGAGGACAGAAGAAUGUUUUCCACUAGUGAGAGCACAACACAGAUGGAAAACAAUGCAGAUCAGGACUCAUAUCUACAUGUGCAACAAGGGGCCACACAAAGUGCUGGUGAUGAACAUGAGCUAAAGGAAACGGUUAAAGACACCGAGAAAGACAGUGAGGACAAAAUCCAGACAGUUCAAACUGAGAAAGAGACAAUAGAGACUGAGAGUGAUGAAGAAGAGGAGUCAAAGCAAGGGGAAAAGGAGGGGGAGAGGGAAGCGAUAGAGGAAGAGGAGAAACUGGAGGAGUUAAAGGAGGUAGGGGAGAUAAAUGCACAGGAAAAACAGCAGGAAGUGGAGGAGGAAAAGCAGAGUGAGGUCGAAGAGCUAAAGGAAGAGGAGAAACAGGAGGAGGUGGAGGAAAAGGAACAGGAGAGGGUAGAGGAAUUGGAGAAGGAAGUGGUGCAUGAGUUGAGGGAAAAGGAGAAACAGGAGGAAGUGGACGAGAUAAAAGAAGAGGACAACCAGGACGAGUUGAGGGAGUUAAAGGAAGAGGAAACUCAGGGGAAGGGAGAGGAGUUGAAUGAGAAGGAGAAAAAUGAGGAGAUGGAGGAAGUAGCAGUGGAGAAGAUGCAGGAGGAGAUGGAAGAGUUAAAGGAGGAGGAGAAUCAUGAGGCACUAGACGAGUUCGAAGAAAAUAAGGAACAGGAGGAAGUGGAGGAGAUUAAAGAAGAGGACAACCAGGAGGGGGUGGAGGAGUUAAAAAGAGAGGAAACUCAAGGGGAGGGAGUGGAAUUAAAUGAAAAUGAUAAAAAUGACAAGAUGGUGGAAAUGAUGGGAGAAAAGAAGCAGGAGGAGAUGGAGGAGCUAAUGAAGGAGGAGAAUCAGGAGGUGGUGGAGGAGUUUGAAGAAAAGAAGGAACAGGAGGAAGUGGAGCAGAUUAAAAAGGACAACAAGGAGCAUGUGGGGGAGUUAAAGGAAGAGGAGAAGAAGCAGGAGGAAGUGGAGGAAUUAACAGAGGAGGAAAGGCAGCAGACAGAAGAGUUAACAGAAGAGGAGAGCAGGGAGUUAAAUGGAGAGCAAGUACAGUCUCAUUUAGAGGUGGAGAUAGAAAACACCCUCCACUCUUUCCCUCACACUCAGAAAGACAUUGACAGUCCAGAAUCAGACAGCAACGAGAAGGAGACACAAGACGAGGACGGCUCAAAAUCUGUGUUCUCCGAAACAUCCACAGAAACUGAAAAGAGACAGACUGAAAACCCACAGAUGGAAGAACAGGAGAGAGGGGGAGAAAAACAGACACAGGAGAGGAUGGAAGAGGUGAAGGAUAAAAUGGCACAGGAGGAGGUUGAGGCGAAGCAGGAGAUGGAGAAUGUGGAGGAUGAGAGGAAGGGCAAGGAGGAAGAGAGGGGCCUUAAAUGCUCAGAUGAGCUUUGUCUACAAUCGAGUGAAGACGGAUUUGCGAGGGACAGAGAUGGAAAUGAUUCUGCAGAUAGGUUGAGCUCAGGAGAUGAAGCAGCAAUGGAAGCAGAAAAACAAAAUCCAAUGGCUGACAAUGAUCAAAUAUUAGCAGACAGGACAGGAGUGAGUCAAACGGUACCAGCUGAAAGCAUGGAGAGAGAUGAGGCCGGAAUGCGGGAGGAGGAGGAAAAGAGAGAUGAUGACGAGAAGGAAAAUGAUCUUCUUUAUUCAGGUGAGAGUGGCCAAAACAGCCUUCCUGAUCAACUGUCAUUCGGCCAGACAGCUGAGAGCAAAAAAGAUGAUCAACUGGAUUCUGGCGAAGCAGACAACACUGACCUUUCUGAUGCCAAUAGGCUCCAUCAGGGGGAUACAACUGAGCCUGAGGACACUGGAACCAGCAGCAAUGGGAUUUACACUGAGAGGAAAACAGAGCCAAUUCACUCUGGUCAUGAGACAUACUCAGAGGAGGACACUGUCAGGGAAGAGACAGAGAUAAACAUGAGGCAUGCCGAUAUGCAGGUGAUGAGCCAGCAUCAUAAUACAAUUGAUUCUGAAUUCAGGACAGAGGGAGGAAUAGAUUUAACAGUUUCGUCCAGUGACCCUGUGAUAUCUGAGCAAACUGUUCUUUCUGAUGGUCGCAAUAAAGAGACAGCAGAGACUGGAGGUGGAGGCGCAUUCGGCCUUUUCAAAAACGCCUUCAGUUAUUUCAGCCAAACACCUGUCGCUGAAACUGAGGGAUCCACAGAACCUGCCCCAAGUUUGGAUUCUAACACAGGUGAGGCAUCCAAUGCACAGACCUCUCUGACUCCUCAACAAGAACUGGAUUCAACCACGGAUCCAAGUCAGGAUUAUAUACAAGAGUCACACACAGAAUCUCCCAUCACAGUGUCACAACAGCAGCUGCAGCCUUCUCCUCCCUCUACAGACACUCAGACAUCCUCUCCAUCCCAAACCCAGACCCAUUCUCAUCCCACAGAAAGCCCCCUCCAAACAAAACCCCCAACCAAACUUUACAAGAGCCUCCUCACCUACAUAAGCGCGGAUGAGACGACAAUUUUGACAGAACUCUUUGGGCGACACAAGCUGCAGUUCUUGGAUUACAUUUUAGGAAGCUCAGAAACCACGACAGAUGACCCCGAUAAUGAUGAAUCGAUAUUGUUGGAUAUAGAAAGACUUCUGCAUUAUCACAGGGAGACGCUGGUCACUCCUAGCAUGAAGCUUGCAGAUGCUCCGCAGGAGGAUAAAGGAAAGACCAGAGCGCUCAUCGCACUUCAGAAGCUAGAAAUGCUGUUGGCAAACGUGAGAGAGACUUUAAGCACAGCUGAGGACAGCUGUGUUGGUGGAUCCUGCUCAACCCACAGCAACAAUAAGGAAAUGGCCACUGAGGAAGACAACAAUGUUCAGAGAGAUGAAUGGAUGGGGCUGGACAAACUUAGUGGAGGUACAGGAAAUGAGAAAAGAGGUGAAACAGGGAAAAGAAGUGAAAAAGAGAGAGUGUCCUCUGAGUCCCAUCCUCACAUUCAGCCAGGACCACCAGAGUCACUGGAAGGGGCAAUGAAGCAAAUUAAGGACUUUGUUCUUCUGAUCACUGAAGACACAAACACUCAUGUUCAUGCAGUGAGGGAGCUCUUCAUAUGGCUUACUGUACAGGUUGUAUCAUCACUGCCUGAUGACAUCAGACCGGGGCCAGACCUGUACGGGGUGCCAUGGGAGCCAGUCAUUAUCUCCAGUGUGGUGGGGAUGGUGACAAUACUGUUGUUCACCUGUAGAUGUUAUAGUUCUGUAAAAAGCAGAAUGUAUCGAAGUAAAGAGCGGUGGAUGGCUGGGCAGGUUGCACAACUGCUGGAUGAGAAAUGUAAAGUCCUUGAGACUCUCAGCAAAUGUCAGCAAGAGUAUGAUGACCUGGAGAGCUCCCUGAGGGACAGCGGCGUCUUGGCCCAAACUCAAAAGACAGAACAUCUGGAGGUCAAAGCCAGACAGUUGGGACAUGCUAAGAAAGAGCUGGAGAGGGAUCUUAAACAACUGAAGGAUCAACUGGAACAACAAAGAGAACACAGGAUGGAGCAAGAAAAGAGAAUAACAGUGCUUGAAGAGAGCAUGAAAAUGUUUGAAGAAGAAAUCAAAGACCUCCAGUCACAAGAAGAGCAGGCACAAACCACUCUGAAAGUGUACAAUAUGAAUAGUGACAGACUGCAGAGGAAUCUGGAAACAGCUGGAGAGGAGAACACACUGCUGCAGGAAAGCAACGCUCAGUUGAGGCAGCAGGUGGAGGGAUGGGCAGAAAGAGUGAGUGAGUUGGAAGCUGAGAUGAGCAGGUGUGAGGCCGCCCAUAGCGGGAUGCUGCAGGAUGUGGCCAACAAGGAUGAGCGCAUAAUGUCCUUGACAGAUCGGCUGCUGAGGAUGAAAGGUUGGGAUUCAGACUUGGAGGAAGAGGAAGGUGCGGAAGGAGGAGAGAAGGAGACAUCCAAUGGCACAGCAGGGAGAGGAGGAGAGAAUGGACGAGAAGAUAUUGUGGACACACAAGGCCAUCUCCAGAAAGUCCAGAAACUUAUCUAUGCUGCUAAGCUAAAUGCAGACCUCAAAUCAGUAGAUGAAGACAAGGACAGAAUAUUUGCAAAACUCAACGAUGAAGUCAAAGCUAAAGAAGACCUGCAAGUGAGCAUUAAGGAGAUGAAUAAUGAGAAAUUAUCUCUGCAGUCAGACACUGAGCAGUACGCCGAUCAGGUCCAAAGAUUACAGCAGAAACUCCAGAUUAUGACAGAAAUGUACCAGGAGAACGAGCUCAAGCUGCACAGGCUGCUCACGGUGGAGGAGAAGGAGCGCAUGCAGAAAGAGGAGAAGUUAAAUAAGGCAGACAAAAACAUUGCAUUGGCCAUGGAAGAACUCAGCAAUUAUAGACAACGAGCAGAAGAGAUGGAGGAAGAGCUGGAGAAAAGCAAACAGUCUUACCAGACUCAAAUAUCGGCACAUGAGAAGAAGGCUCACAAUAACUGGCUGGCAGCCCGAGCAGCUGACAGAGACCUAUCAGACAUCAGGAGAGAGAACGCUCUGCUCAGACAGAAGCUAACAGACACACAGUUUAAACUUGAUGCCCUCGACAAAGAUCCCUACGCCCUGAACAGCCUGGCUAGACCACUUCCUUUCAGAGCUGAGAGGUCACCAUAUGGUCCGUCUCCUCUGGGUCGACCUGCAUCUGAAACCAGAGCUUUUCUGUCUCCUCCUACAUUAAUGGAUGGACCACCUGCUAGACUGUCACCUAGAGUAUCUCGCUGUGCAGUGGAGCCCCCAGGUGGCCAAGGAGAGAUGGAGCGGAGUGGAGGUCCUCAUUCAGACAGUGGCUCAAUCUCUCCUACAUGGGAGAGAGAUCGCAGGGGGCCCCCACCAGGACCCCCUGGGCCACCAGGGCCCUUAGGACCUCCAGGCUACAUGUUCCCAGAACCAGGAGGUCCAAUGUACAGGAGACCUCCACCUCCUCCAGGAGCUCUGGGCCUUUUGCCUCCUCCUGGCUCUCUCCCACCUGGCCCUCUCCAUCCUCGGGGUCUCCCCCCAGGACCCUCUCACCCUGCAGACUUGGCAGAUGGCUCAUACAGAGAAAACAGCCAUGGGCCUGGUGAACUUGAGCACAGAGAGUCUGGUCCUGGUGAACGAAGGACCCCCCCUGAAGCUGAUCUAAGGAUGGGCGGCCCACCCCCUCCUGGACCCCCAAUGGGUCCCAUGGAUGGUCCCUUUCCUCGCAGAGGACCACCACCUCCCGAUUUCUACCCUCCCAGGGGGCCUGGGGGCCCUCCUAUGAUGCCUAUGUGGGCCCCUCCACCGAUGAUGUUCCCACCUCGUUUCCCUCCCGGUGGACCUCCUCUUCCUCCUGCUCCUCAUCCUCACUACGGCCCCCCAGUGCGGCCCCCUCUGCCCGAUGGCCACCCACAUCCUUCCAUGGGUCCCCUCCCUCCUCAGCAGUCCGUCCCCUCCCCACCACACAGCCAGUCGCCAGAGGAGCACACACCCUCGCCUGAAGAUGCCAUUUGAGCCUGACCGGGUUUUCCACUCGAGCUGUGAGAUGACGCGUUUCUGGUUCAAAUUUAACUCAGCAGUAGACGGAUGUUUGGGCGGGUUACUGUUUCCAUCAUUCUGUUAUUUUUAACACCUACAUAUUAACCAGGAGGAUUUAUUUAAUGAAGAGUGUUUGCGCAGGGGAAAGCCUUCAGCCUUCACAAGCCCACUUUGUUGCUGUUUGUCUGCUUCUGCUCAGUCUUUCUGCUCUAUUCACAUCCUCUCUCCUCUCUCUCUCUCCUGCCCUGUCACUUGCCUUGUUUCUCUCUGUUGCUUUGCCCUAUCAUCAUCCAGCGACAUUCCCUGUGAAGUACUUGCUGUUGUUGUGGACUCACGGUGACAACGGUUAUGUUCUGUUGUGUAAUUUCACAGGCAGCUUAAUCUGUACGUCUGUGUGUGGGAAUGUUGCCAUGUGAACAGGAAACAGUUGCUUGUUUGCUUGACAAUGCCAGAAUGGUUUUUAAUGGCACUUAGGUUGAAAUGUGUGCAUGUAGGAAUGCUGUAUGUGUGCUAUGUGGCAGAGAAUAUGUGUGUUUACUUAUGGAAUCAGUCAACAUUUCAUCCCAAUGGCACAAAAAGAGAAAUCUAAAUGAUCUUGGGCUAUCAUGGAAAAAAUGCCUCUUUUUAGGCCAAAUACAAGAUAUUUUAUUACACCAACGUUCUUGCCAUUUUUUACCAUAAUUAAAAAAAAAUAGCCCUUUAGCAUUUUCGUAGUUGUUGACCUGGAUUCGACUAUACUUAAAUCAGAUGACAUCACAUCUUGUCUCCUGAGAUGAUCUUAAACUCUAAAUAUUCCUCAAAUGAGAAAGUUUCUUAAAAUAUAUCAUUAAAGUGCAUAACUGAUGGCUGCCCUGUGGGAUUAGUGGCACUUUUCCUUCAUCAACAAAGCUAUUAUUUAAAACAGCAGCAAGUAAACAGUGUUUCUGAUGAUGUUACAGUGACCUGCGUAUGGCCCAGGCUUGAAAAAGUGGCUUAUAGGAGCUGCUUGUAUUUUGCCGAAGUAAGCUGUGUGAGGUAAACGGACUGACUGGAAGAGAGGCUACAUUCAGAGCCAGGAAGAUGACACCCAUGUGAAUUUUGUAAAAAGUGAUUAUUAACAGAUAAAUAAAGAGUGUCAAAUUGUCA